AUGGUGGAUCCCUGUGACAGUAUGGGCGCACGGUUUCAGGGAAUUUUAUGCAGUAUUCCCCUUGACAAUUCUUCUAGCAGGAUAAUAGCAAUUGAUCUCGAUGACGUUGGAUAUGACGGGUAUCUGACACCAUCGAUCGGGAACCUAACCGAGCUCACCAUUCUCAGUAUAAGCAAGAACAAGAUUCGAAGAACAAUACCAGAAACCAUAGCCUAUCUUAGAAAGCUCACCAGACUUUCACUGGCGGACAAUUGCCUCACAGGCACCAUUCCUACAGAAAUCACCUUGCUCAAGAAUCUUGAAUAUCUAGACAUUUCAGGGAACAGACUGUCUGGCUCAAUUCCGCCUGAUAUUUCUGGAUUACGAAGCUUGACCUACUUGAGUAUGUCAAACAACGCGCUCACGGGCAUGAUCCCUGACCUCACGGGAUUGUGGCAGCUGAGCACUCUAGAUCUUAGUUCCAAUCAGCUCUAUGGGAAUUUGCCAUAUUUUCCUGUGAGAUUGACAACACUUUCUAUAAACCGUAACAUACUUACAGGCCACAUCUCACCAGUAAAGAAGCUCAAAGACCUUAGUUGGUUAGACGUGAGUUAUAACAGGCUCUCUGGCGUCAUUAGCAAAGACAUUAUUUCAUUACCUAGACUGGUUCACCUCAAUAUUUCAAACAACCGCUUCACUGCAACAGAGAUGGUCAGCUUUUCUGGGGAAGAGAUACCACCACUGCAAGUGCUUGACGCAGAAAAUAACCAAUUACAUGGUCAUUUGCCCGCCAACUUGAUCAAAAUUCAAAAUUUAUCAACAAUUAAUCUGGCACAUAAUCAAUUCUCUGGUCCAAUACCACAACCAUAUGGAAACAAACUAGAGCGAUCAUGGAGAAUCCUGUACCUAGAGAACAACUUUCUGUCUGGAAAUCUUCCACCACAGUUCAUUACUCGUGGACAAAGGAUUACAGGCAGCCUUGCAAGAAACUGUCUUGUGUGUCCAAUACGGAUACCGUUAUGCCGAGGAGGGCAAAGACCAAUUUCAGAAUGCCUUAGGCAGAAUCAUAGAAGCACAGAAUAA